UUGCUAAAGAGACACAUAAGCAGAAACUUCUCCAUACUGAAGGUUUUAUACAAAAUAUCGCUUACAGUAUGGUGAGUACUCCAGUUGGAUUGAGAAAAGGUUCAUGGGCUGAAGAAGAAGACAAACUUCUCAGGAAAUGCAUCGACAAGUAUGGAGAAGGAAAAUGGCAUCAAGUUCCUCUCAGAGCAGGCUUAAACAGAUGUAGGAAGAGUUGUAGGCUCAGGUGGUUAAACUAUCUGAAGCCAAAUAUCAAAAGAGGCGACUUUACACCAGAUGAAGAUGAUCUCAUUAUAAGGCUUCAUAAGUUGUUAGGCAACAGAUGGUCGCUAAUUUCCGGUAGACUUCUCGGAAGAACGGCCAACGACGUGAAAAACCAUUGGAACACUCAUCUUCAGAAGAAGGUAUUGGCUCUAGAAGAGGAGAAGAGAAAAGCCCAAGAAACUAUCCAAACGACAAUCUUUAAACCUCGACCUCGGAUCUUCAGAAGAAUUGGACCCCUUCCGUCAAGAGAAAACAUAACAAUCGAACCAAAUAUUUCAAUAACUAAUCAAAAUUCAGACAAUCUGUCUCCAUCAUCAUCAAAACCAGUAGAUGGUGAAUGCACCCAAUGGUGGAGUAACUUGCUUGCUUCUGUCGAAAUUGAUGGAGAAAUUGAGCCAGAGUCCAAUGGAACAUCUUUGGAAUUGCAGGGAGAAAAUACUGGCUGGAAUGACUUUUCUCUUGACAAGGACAUUUGGGAACUUCUGAGUUCUGAAAACAACACAAUAAUGUAGAAUUCAUUUGAACUUUCCUAUUUUGAUGUGUCUAUUACUUUCAAAAAAUAAAUCUUCAUAUUUUGUACGUAUGAUUAAGAAUAUUCCGAAAAUC